GGAACCUCUUCUUUACCCGCUCGUUUGUCUCCGUCGUUCUGCUUCUCUCCAAAUCUGACUGCAGUUCUGCGCUAAACUUAGUGCUCUUUUGUUGCUUGUCUUCUCAAAAUUGAACCUUGGCAUAUUUGAUUUCGCGAGGAAAGGUUUCGCCUUGGCUCGAAAACGGCAGAGAAGGAUGGGAGAAGUCCAUAUCGGUUUGCCAGGGCCGUGGGCGGAGAACUGCCGCGAGAAGGCCGAUCACUACACGACAAAGAUCGGAGGAUUGCCUGACUGGCCCAUUCCAGAACCCAAUAUUAAGCGUGAGCUUCUUUAUUGUCGUGUAUGCGAUGGGAGGCUUUGUCUUGUCGCACAGGUAUAUGCUCCAAUAUUGUCCACUAAACUAAAUAUAGAAGAGCGUGCCAUCUAUAUUUUUGGUUGCCCAAAUCAAGAUUGUGGCAAAAAUCCUGAUAGCUGGCGAGCUAUUCGACUUCAAAAGGGUGAUCAGGACUCAGAACCUAACCUUGCUUUAUCAAAUACUUUGCCUUCUGAAAAGGAGUCCUUUCCUAUGGAUGGAGCUAGCAAUUGGUUAAAGGACACUUUGUUGAUGAAUGAUUCUGGCAAAUUGAAUGAUGGUAGUGUUGGCGACAAGAAAUUAGAUGAUUUAGCUCGGGCUUUCUCAGAAGCCUCUGCUCUAUCUUCCUGCUCGAAAAAACAAAAUCGUAAGAAACGCAAUAAUUCUUCUACUAGAGCUCGAGUAGGAAGGACAACAGCUGAAGAAACCCCUGUGCCUGUUCUACCUUGUUUCUAUAUCUAUUUCCAGACGAACCAGGCCCAUGGCAGUAUAGAUGCUGUUAGUUCCUUUUAUUCCUCACUGACUCUCAAAGAAGAUGCUUACGCUGCUACAGAUACUGAUGAGGAGGAAAAAUGGGUAGGCGAAACCUAUGAGUAUGACAAAGCACUAGGUGCUGAUACAACUUAUUUAAAGUUCAAGAAGCAGAUGGAUACAUACCCAGAACAAUGUCUAAGAUACUCUUAUGGAGGUAUUCCUCUUCUUGCAACCUCUAACUCAAUGGAACCUGACAAGUGCAUACAUUGUGGUUCGCCACUUGUGUAUGAAUUGCAGUUGUUUUCUCCCAUACUCUAUUUUCUGCAGCAAGCUGCCAAUGCUUCAGUAGCUUGUUCUGCAGAUGGCUGGAGUUGGAUAACUCUGAUUGUAUAUACUUGCUCCAGGAGUUGCUUCAAAUCUAAAGGGAAAUUGUUAAACCCCUCUUGGGAAAUUGCCGAGGAGUUUAUCACCGUUCAGGGAGAUUAACAGAGUAUAUUUUGACUUUCUUUUCUCUGGUUAAAUCAAUAGAAGUUUCCAAGUCAAAGGUUUCUUGGAAAAGUGCAUCCAUUUCCUCCCUCGAAAAGAUUUAAGAAAUCAGAUGCUGGGAAUACUGAACACUUUAUGGUGGUACUAAGGGCAUCUCCGCAAGGUUUAUGAGAGGUUUGCAAAAUCAAAAAGCUGAAUAAAAGUCUUAGAAUCAUUAUAGAGGUGAGGUUUGAGGUUUGAAGUUUAAGAGCAGUAGUGAAAACACAAACCUACUCUUUUGUGUUAAAUUUGAUGCAAUAUGCAUGAAGC